AUGUCUUAUAAUGGCCCAAGAAAUCCAUGGCAAAUCGGAUCAGACAGUGAAGAUGAAAAACCUAAGAAUUCACGACCUACAUCAAUUACUAAUCAAAAAAUCAAUUUAAAACCUCUACCAGCUCCAGUUCAACCAAAAUCACUCGAUUGGGAUGUUCCACCAACUAAAUCAAGACCUAAGAAAAAACAAUCUACUGAUACGGAAUUAAAUACAUCAAAAGAAAAUGAAUCUUUGAAAUCAUCGAGUAGAAUAUCAUCAUCAUCAUCAAAGUCAUCAGCAAAAUCGAAAAAAUCUAAUGAACUAGUUUCACCUUCAACUACUGCUGCAUCUCCUUCUACACUACCACCUCCUGUUGAAAAUUCAUCAGCAUAUGAUCCAAUUAAGUCGAUGGAAGAAAAUCUAAAUAAAUUUAUUUAUACACCUAUUCCAAAAGAUUAUUCAUCAUUUGUACAAUGUUCUCUUCGACGUGAUAAAGAUGGUGUACAGGGAAGUUUUUUUCCAACAUUUUAUUUACAAGCUGAACGUCCAGGUGAUGGAAGAAAGUUUUUUCUAUUAGCCGCACGAAAAGUAACAAAAGUAAAGCGUCAACCAGAAUUUGUAAUUACAACAAAUGUUACAACAUUAUCAGAAAAAUCAGGUGGUGAUGGCUAUGUAGGAAAAUUACGCGGAAUUAAUUUAAGUGGAACUGAAUAUAUACUUUACGAUAAUGGUUUAAGUCCAAAUAAAAUUUCAAAUACUGCACAAUUAAAUAAUAGAGAAAGUUUAAGACGAGAAUUAGUUGGUAUUAUUUAUAAUACCAAUCUUCUUGGUUUCAAAGGGCCAAGACAAUUCACUACGGUGAUACCUCAAAUAGAACAAGAUAUUCGACCAUCAAAAAGUGAACCAGGUAUUCUUGAUCAAUGGCGAAACAGACGCUUCAGUUAUUUAAUGCAGUUAAGAAACAAAGUGCCAACAUAUAAUGAAGAAACUAAAACCUAUAUUCUUCGAUUUACUGGUAAUCGUGUAGCUCAAGCAUCGGUAAAAAAUUUUCAGAUAAUUAUGGAAAACGAUAAACACGAAGAAGAAAUUGUUAUGCAAUUUGGUCGCGUUGAUGAAGAUUUAUUUACAUGUGAUUAUCGUUAUCCACUAUCAGCUAUUCAAGCUUUUGGUAUUGCUCU